UGAGACCAUAGGGGACCUGUCUGGGUGGCCUCAGGGAUAGGCGCUCCCCAAGGUGUGAAUGAGGCAGGAUGAACUGGACAGGCUUGUACACCGUGCUCAGUGGCGUGAACCGGCAUUCUACUGCCAUUGGCCGAGUAUGGCUCUCAGUCAUCUUCAUCUUCAGAAUCAUGGUGCUGGUGGUGGCUGCAGAGAGUGUGUGGGGUGACGAGAAGUCUUCCUUCAUCUGCAACACCCUCCAGCCUGGCUGCAACAGUGUCUGCUAUGACCAUUUUUUCCCCAUUUCCCAUGUGCGUCUGUGGUCUCUGCAACUCAUCUUGGUUUCCACCCCAGCUCUCCUCGUGGCCAUGCAUGUGGCUCAUCAGCAGCACAUAGAAAAGAAAAUGCUGCGACUUGAAGGCCAUGGGGACCCCUUACAUCUGGAGGAGGUGAAGAGGCACAAGGUCCACAUCUCAGGGACAUUGUGGUGGACCUAUGUCAUCAGCGUGGUCUUCCGGCUGCUGUUUGAGGCUGCCUUCAUGUACGUCUUUUAUUUGCUCUACCCUGGCUACGCCAUGGUGCGGCUUGUCAAGUGUGAGGCCUACCCCUGCCCCAACACAGUGGACUGCUUUGUGUCCCGCCCCACGGAGAAAACAGUCUUCACGGUCUUCAUGCUGGUCGCCUCCGGCAUCUGCAUCAUCCUCAAUGUGGCCGAAGUGGUGUACCUCAUCAUCCGGGCCUGUGCCCGCAGGGCCCAACGCCACUCCAAUCCGCCCUCCCGCAAGGGCUCAGGCUUUGGCCACCGCCUCUCACCUGAAUACAAACAGAAUGAGAUCAACAAGCUGCUGAGCGAGCAGGAUGGCUCCCUGAAAGACAUACUGCGACGCAGCCCCGGCACUGGGGCCGGGCUGGCUGAGAAGAGUGACCGCUGCUCCGCCUGCUGAUGCCACAUACCAGGCAACCUCCCAUCCCGCCCCCUCCCUGCCCAGGCCUGAGCCUCCUUCUCCCAUGCCGGUGCACAGCCCUCUACCUGCCAGGGAGAGAGAGCUCCAUCAAAACUUUCCUUCCCCCUGCCCCUACUCCCUUUCCUCCCCCGGCCUGCUGCCUGAGAGGCUGCAGAGGUGGGGAGCCUGAGUGCUCAAAGUUAUUGAGGGUGUGGGGCAGCUCUUGUUGCCUGUACCCCUUCUUCUUCCCUCUCCUUCCCCGGGGCCACUGGGGAAAAGAGAUAGGAUGCUCUGACAUCUCCAAUUAUGAAACUAAUCUUAACCCUGUGCUGUCAGAUACCCUAUUUCUGGAGUCACAUCAGUAGGGAGGAAAGUGAGCAAGGGAGGGUGCUGUGGACCUGUGGGUGGAGAAGGGAGGGUAGCAAGAAAAGGAGGAGCAGCACUUGUGUCCUCAAGGAAAAAGAGGACAUAUCUGGGGUGGAGGAGUUAGGGAGGGAGAAAGAAGCAGGCAAAUAAAUUGGAAUAGGGGUUGGUCAGGGCUGCCUUUGCCUCUAGUCCCCAAGGCCUCUCUCUGCCUGAAAUGUUACACAUUAAACAGGAUUUUACAGUAAAUGAAG